AUGGCCUUUUCAACAAGAAACAAAUUAGAUUUUCUUCAAGGCACGCUCCCUAAACUUGCACCCACAGACCCUAAUUUUUCACCCUGGAAUAGAUGCAAUGACAUGAUCAUGUCAAGUAUCAUAUUCAAUCUUGAUCCUAAGAUUGCAGAAAGUGUUAUGUCCUUUUGCAUUGCUUCGGAUAUAUGGACUGAUCUUGAGCAGAGAUUUGCAUAUACCUCUCAUACUAAAAUCUUUAAUUUAGAAAGACAAUUGGCUGACAUUACUCAAGGAACUCUUAGCAUUCUUGAUUUCUACACCAAAUUUAAAGUACUUUGGGAUGAUCUUAAUGUUGUGGAUCCUACUCCUACAUGUUUCUGUAACAACUGCACUUGCAAUCUCACUGGAAGAAUUGCCAAGCAACAACAGAACAGGAAACUUAUCAGAUUCAUGAUGAAACUUCAAGAAUAG